CCCUUACCACAGAACAAAAGUCGGAAUACGACGGCUGGAAAAAUAGCCAAGGACCGACUAAAACUGGAUACGAAAUGCUUGGGAGUUGGAUCUGGGAUGAUGAAGACGGAUGGGUCUUCAGAACAGUGGACCAAAGAAGCAACAAACCCACUGUCACCGAAGAGGAAGUUACCUGGGUCCCCUACCAUCUCAGAAAACAAGAGGCGGAAAAUUAUGCCCGAAGAUUUAAAAGAGAUCGGGAAUAUUGGGCCAGGAAAAGACAGGAAGAAGAAGACUUCCUGUACAUCAGCAGACGAUGGGCUGAGGCUGAACGAUUCGAAGAAGAAAGCCGCCGAAUCAGAGGACCAAGCAAGUGGGAACAAAGUCAGUCCGAUUUCUACCCCGAGUGCAUCCACAACUCCUCCUCUACCACACCCAAUUACCCCCCCUCUCCCGAGGACAUCAGACCGACCUGGGCUGAGGGAUUCCCAAAAGGGAGUAAUGGAAGGCGAAAUGUCGAAAAACUCGCCACAAAACCUUGGUGGUAGGGUGGAAGAUGAAGUGGAUUUCGAUUUUUGGUUCUCGGAUUUUGAACCAACUUCGGAUAAAGCGGUAGAAGUAGGAUUGUCCGAGUGCCUAGAAGAAGGAGAGGUAGUAGAGCCAGUCCGGUUGCCAGUAGAAGAAGUCUCUGUGGCGGACCUAGAGACUGAAG